UCGUGAUUUAAUUUAUUUUAUUCCUACGACGCUAUUCCAGUAAUCGUGGGCAGGGCGUCUCGAAAAGUCUGCAGCAAUAAAUUAUUAAUUUUUUUGAAAUACGUCGACUUCUAGAGGUAAAAAAAACCUUUCAUCUGGCAAGGUCGCCCACUAUCAACGCCACUGGCUCAUUCCACGGACGGUGUUCGCUUACCAACCAAACCAGACAAAUGGCAAGCGUUGAGGAUCUCCUGUUGGACCAGGAGGAGCUGAAGAAGCUGUUGGUGAGCGCCACCCGGCCCGCCGUUCAGGAGCUGCUCAAGAAGGAGCUGCGCAGGGUGGAUCGUGAGGCCAGCAGUCGAGCGCAGCAGAGCAAGGCGGCCGACGCGUCCCCCAAGGCAGCUGCUGCUGGGCCACCCUCCACCACCAAGCUCAGCAACUAUGGAUGGGACCAGUCGGAGAAGUUUCUGAAGGUGUACGUAUCCCUGGAGGGUGUCCAGAAGGCUCCCUCUGAAAAUGUGUCUGUGGAGUUCAAAGAGAGGUCGUUCAGCCUGCUUGUAAGGGAUUUUGAAGGCAAGACCUACAGCAUGAGCGUUAUCGAGCUGCUGCAUCCCAUCGACCCCGCCAAAAGCUCCUGGAAGGUGAAGACCGAUUCCGUGCUGGUGAUGUGCCGAAAAACCAAGGAGGAAACGUGGAAGUUCCUCACGUCCUUGGAGAAGAAAACUCUUGACAGAGAGAAGCCGAAGAUGGAGGAGGACGUUGACCCCAGCGAGGGACUCAUGAAGAUCCUCAAGCAGAUGUACGAUGACGGCGACGACGACAUGAAGAGAACGAUCAGCAAGGCGUGGGUGGAGUCCCGCGAGAAGCAGACCCAGGGCGUGUAGGGGCGGCGGCUGCUGCUGCGACGGCGGCAGGUCGCAACCCCACACACGCCAGCUCGCAGCACGCGCAGUGGAGGAGCGUUGGGUUUUAAUCCAUCGCACCCGCCUUGCCAGCAUCCCGAUCCCGCCCACACCACUCUUGUCAUUACUGUGCGCGGUCUAUUAGUCACGUGAUGUGUGCCCUCGGCGUCGCGGUAGACGUUAAUGAUGCAGUUACGUUAUUGGACAGAUAUUCAGAAUCGGAAUAUUCAUGCUGGAGGAAUCCAAUGGGCUACGAAGCUCUUUUUUCACAGAUGUCCAUACUAGGCCUUGCGUGCCUGUGUCACGGUCCGAAUGUGCCAAGUAAAAAAUAUAUUACUUCCGUAUUGCUGAAUUGGAAAGGCAAUAGCAAUAUCCCUCCACCGCACCACCCCUACCCAUAAUAGCAGACUAAUGCCAACUGCUGUCAUCAGGAGGGUGGGUCCCCUGGGCUAAGAAACACGCGGCGUCCCCAGAUGUUUGUUACGUUUCGGGCGCAGUAUAAAUCUAAGUUUCCCUGUAUUGACUUGUGGGGAGGGGAGGGUGGCACCGGGUGAGUGAGAACACGUGGGAAUCUGUACGUAUCCGUACGUAGUCAACCGUUCUAUUCGGAAGUGUAGGGGAGUAGGUCAGCAAACUAAAUGCAAAAAGACGUUAUGAAUUAGUUUUUUUAUCUAGAU